AUGGAGUCCUUCGUCAUGGACAAGUACAACUCCCAGUGGGUUUCGUUCCAUAUCCGGGACCAUCUAGAGAACGGCGAGGUUUUAGUGCAGAACACCGUCAUCGAAGGCGGGGAGUUCGACAACCCGGGCGACCGUCGUAGGUCGCUCACCGAAGAGGAGAUCGACGAAAUCAAGAUCCCCUCGAAUGGUAUCGGCGAGAUUACCGCCCGUAGCCGCCGGGGUAGUGAGGGUCGUCUCGACUUGUUCCACGACGAUGUCAAGAUCUGCGAGCUCCAUUGGGAGAAUCGUGGAGGAGAAUUCCACAAUUUGGUCGAAGUGCUGGACAAUAGUGACAAAUACAGAGUCGAGUGUGGGGGAUGGAGCCCAGAGGCAGGACCUCUGGGCCAUGUUUUCGUGGACAUCACCUCGAAGAAAAAAUAG